UUGGUUUUAGGGUUCAGCUUAGAAUUAAGCUUAGGUUAGAGUUAGGGUGGGGUCAGGCAGUUAGUUGUGAAGGUUAAAUUUAGGGUAGUGCGUGAGGGUACAGCGCAACUACAGUGAGAUCAGCACAUCUGUGUGAGUGAGAGAGCGUGUGGGUGCGUUGCCCACGCUGUGUUUACACAGGACUGGACCGUGCAAAAGGUGUUGUGACAACAUGGUGCGGGGACUCGCCUUAUUUCUGGGUUUGUGCGCGUGUAGAAAAUUCCUGCGCCACCCCGUCCUGUGUCAGAACCCAUCUACUAACACUGCUUUCACUCAGGAAAGAGGAAGUCGAGGAACGUUUCCAUUUCCUCAUGCUGUUGGUUUUCCCCAGAUAUGCCGGCUCAAUAAAUAAGACUUGCCACCAUGCAGUGGAGUGAAAGCAAAGCGGACCCCUAUGACAUCAGCAAGCCAGAGGACACCCGGGGAUGAACAUGAAGCAGAUUCUCAUAUUUGGACUUUUUCUCGUGCCCCUGUGUACGAGUCGUUGCUAUAACGACCAGGAGCUGAGUCUGGUAGCCAAGAGGAAACUGAGCAGGCACUACCCGCAGCCUCCGGAGCCACCUGCGGAGACAGCCGGACCAAAGCCCUCCUGUCCAGUGGAGCAUUACAGUCCAUCUCAGGAACUCCGCAACAGGUCCCUGUCCCCAUGGCGAUUAGUACGUGUAACCAAUGAGGACUACUUUCCUUCCUCCUACGCAGAGGCUCAGUGCCUUUGUUCCGGGUGCAUCCUAAUCCAGGGCACGAAUCAUCAAGUCGUGGAGAGCAACGACUACAACUCAAAAGAAAUAAAGCAGAACCGGGUGUUUCUCAAAAAGGAGCGCUGCAGAGGUGGGAAGACAUACAAACUAACACGAGUUUCUGUAGAAGUAGCUGUGGGCUGCACUUGUGCCAGACCCAGCACCAGCACCAGCACCUAGAUGGGAGCCAUCGAGACCUGCUGUCACAACAUAGCACCACUGUACAGUUCAUAUUGUGUUUGUUUUAAAAUGCACCAAGUUUUAACGAGUAUCUCAGGGGUGUCGGGUCUCACAGUGUGGUCAGUCAGGACACUGCUGGCUACGACAGCACUGUCGUACUGUACCUCCGCACAGCUGACAGCCCUGGGAUCAUUUAUGAAGCUUUAAAAGUUAGUCACAUGGCCUGUUUUAUAGGCCAAUGUACUGUCAUCGUUAUGACAGUUGAUCACAACUGAUAUUUGAUAAAUGAUAAUUGUCUGUUUUGUAGGUCUUUGUUGACCCUGUUUACUUGUUUACUGCUCUGCAGCCAAUGUCAACUGUACUAUGUACGUAUCUUCAUAUUGACAGCAAGGCCAUCAAUAUGAAAGUAGCUGUUUAGUUUUAUAAAAUAAUUUAACUUAAU